AUGGCUCCAAAUUGUGGGUACCUAGUGGCAUUCUUCCUUGUGAUCUCAACUAUGGUCUCGAGUGGCUCUGCUUGGAUUGGUGUGAAUUGGGGAACCAUGUCAACCCACCAGCUUCCACCUAAGAAGGUGGUUAAGAUGUUGAAGGAAAAUGGGUUCCGAAAAUUGAAGCUGUUUGAUGCGGAUGAGUGGAUUAUGGAAGCUUUGAUGGGGACUGAUAUCGAUGUCAUGUUGGCAAUACCCAACAUCAUGUUGGACAAAAUAAGUAACAGUCCUAAAGCUGCAGAUGCUUGGGUGUAUGAAAAUGUCACCAGUUACUUGUACACUGGUGGUGUCAAAAUCAAGUAUGUUGCCGUGGGUAAUGAGCCUUUCCUUAAAGCAUAUAAUGGGACCUAUCUAAAGAAAACUCUGCCAGCUCUUAAGAAUAUACAAGCAUCAAUCAAUAAUGCCGGGUUUGGUUCAAAGAUCAAAGUCACUGUUCCAUUCAAUGCUGACAUUUACUAUUCACCUGACUCAAAUCCGGUGCCAUCAGCUGGUGACUUCAGGCCUGAAGUAAGGGACUUUACUAUUGAAAUAAUCCAAUUCUUAUAUUCAAACAAGGCACCUUUUACAGUCAAUAUCUACCCUUUCCUUAGUCUAUAUGGCAGCGAAGAUUUCCCUUUUGAAUUUGCAUUCUUUGAUGGAAGUAAAAAUAACAAGCCUCUUAGAGAUGGUAAUGCACUUUACACCAAUGUGUUUGAUGCAAAUCUUGAUACCCUUUUGUGGGCUUUAGACAGGGCAGGAUAUCCUGACAUGCAGGUUAUAAUUGGUGAAGUUGGGUGGCCAACUGAUGGCGAUAAGAAUGCUAAUGCCCAGAAUGCAAAGCGGUUCAACCUGGGUUUGAUUAAACAUGUUCUGAGUGGCAAUGGUACCCCUAAAAGGAAAGGUAUAAUUGACUUGUAUAUGUUCAGCCUCAUUGAUGAGAAUGAUAAAAGUGUUCUUCCUGGGAACUUUGAGAGGCACUGGGGAAUUUUUGAGUUUGAUGGCAAGCCAAAGUAUGAAUUAGACUUAACAGGUAAGCAUAAGGAUAAGGGCCUUAUCCCAGUAGAAGGUAUAAAGUACCUGGAGAAGAAAUGGUGUAUCUUGGAUCCAGAUGUUACUAACUUGAACGAUUUGGCUGAUAGCAUCGACUAUGCUUGUACCUUUUCUGAUUGUACUGCCCUUGGUUUUGGCUCUACUUGUAAUAAUUUGAAUCUCCAAGGGAAUGCAUCUUAUGCCUUCAAUAUGUAUUAUCAAGUAAAUGACCAGAGGGAUUGGGAUUGUGAUUUCUCUGGUUUGGCUACUGUAACACAUAAGGAUCCUUCAGAAAAGGGCUGCCAAUUCCCUGUGAUGAUUUCUCCUAGUUCUUCUUUGUUUCCACAUGGAGGGCUUUCGGAUAUCCUUAUGAAAGCUAUGAAGGUAUAUAUUUUUGUGAUGUUUUUGCUGUAG